AUGGCUGAGUUGGUUACAGCGUCCGACUGUUAUAUGAGGAUAAUACUCCAUUGUCAAUCGGAAGGUCAAAAAUCAAAGAGAGAAAAGGCUUGUGUUUUUUUUUACAAAAAAGUGUCGGAACGUCACGAAAUCCAAUCAUUCUGUCAGAGGAUAAUUCUCGUGACAGCCUACUACUACUAG